GCCGCGCUGCUGCUCCGCGCGCACCCGGGCGUCCUCUCCGAGCGCUGCACCGACGAGAAGAGCCGGCGCAUCCUGGCCGCGCUGUGCCAGGACUACCGUGGCGGCGCACUCGGGGGAGACCUGUGCGAGGACCUGUGCGUGGCAGGGCAGCUACGGUACCGGCGCUGCCUGUACUACGAACGGGGCAAGAAGGUGCUGCAGGCUGACUGGCGCGGCCGGCCCGUGGUCCUUAAGUCCAAGGAGGAAGCCUUCUCCAGCUUCCCGCCGCUCGGCCUCCUGGAAGGCCAGCCCGAGGCCGGCGGCCAGGGCUUCCCGGAGGCAGAGCUCCUCCUGCUGGCGGCCGGGGAGGUCAAGAGCGCGUUGGGCCUGGAGCUGGCCGAGGGCGGCCUGGGGCGGCUGGGCCUGGGGCGGCGGGGGCCCCGGCUGCGGGGUCAGCUGGCCAGCCUGUGGGCGCUGCUGCAGCAGGAGGAGUUCGUCCUGCUCAGCCUGCUGCGGGGCCGCAGCCCGCACGCGCCGCCCGUGCUGGGCUCCUGCGGCCACUUCUACGCCGUGGAGCACCUGGCCGCGGGCAGCCCCCGCCUCCGAGCCCUCUUCCCCCUGGACGGCGCGGCCCGCGGAGGCCGGGCCCAGGCGCGCGCGCUCAGCGGCGUGGCGCUCAGCUUCCUGGACAUGGUCCGCCACUUUGAGCACGACUUCUCGCACCGCCUGCACCUCUGCGACGUCAAGCCCGAGAACUUUGCCAUCAGGAGCGACUUCACGGUGGUGGCUAUUGACGUGGACAUGGCCUUUUUUGAACCUAAAAUGAGGGAAAUUCUUGAGCAGAACUGCACGGGAGAUGAAGACUGCAAUUUCUUUGACUGUUUUUCAAAGUGUGAUUUGCGAGUGCACAGGUGUGGAGCCCAGAGAACCAACAGCAACCUGCAGGUCGUCUGCGACAAGAUCCUCCGCCACUGGUUCUCCUCGCCCCGCGGCAGCCCCGCCGUCUCGGCCCCGCUGCGGCGGCAGCUGCGAGCGGCGGUGCUCGAGUGCGCGGCCCCGGGGGCUCAGGGCGCGGCGCCCCGCGUGCUCGCGAAGCUGCGGCGCCUCCUCCAGGCCGCGCUGCGGGAGCUGCGGGAGGACGAGUAG